UCGAUACGAUAUUGUAUAAUAAAACUAUAUUCCGCGUUAAAUGAACAAAGGUGAUCGCGAUGUUUUCAUUCGUCAGGAUGUUGCCUUCUUCGAUUCACCCGCGUAUUUAUUUUUCCAGUCGAUGUGGAUUUUUGAAGAUCGCGAGAUUAGCGAAGUUUCGGGAACAUAUUUCCGUAUUUCUCUAACGACGAUGAGAAUCACCAGAUCUGCAUCAGAGUCCAUUAUUAGAAAUACGCGAGUCUAUUUAACGCGAAUUUUGUUACCACCUUUGAGGCGGUUCGAUCGCAUAUUCCGUAGACGCGAUGCGCGUCGAAAUAGGAAACUGGUUUCAAUCAUGCACCUGUUCAGAGUCACGCGUCAAUAUGAUCUGUAAUAAGGUUGAAAGACAUUGAUAUAUCGGGGAAUGUAUUACGGGGAGUUUAUCGCUUGAUAAGGUUGAUGAGAUCGCGGGGGGCGUCUGAUAGAGACGGAUAGGGACAAUUUUGUUCUUUUUCGAAAAGGAAGUCGUCGAAUCCCUAUUUAUCUCGCAAUAAAAUACCGCGAACAGCGACGUCGAGGUUUGAAAAUCGAAAAAUUAAAUAAAUUUGAACGACCAGCGUAAAAUAGGCAGAGUAGAUCGUAAACUUGGCGAACUUGGAACGUGCUCGGCGAUCGACAGCCUCGAGUAACUUUCAAAUUGUGGAAAACGCAAUUUCGGACGGAAAUUCAAUGGAAACUUCGAAACGAGGUUUCUACAUUCGUAGGUUACAAUUUAUGACGCGUCUUAGAAACAGGGAACACACUUGGCGAGCGAGGCGGCGAGUUCGCAAUUCGUAAAAUUGUUAUCAGCGCCGGGCUCGUAAACACAACGGAAUGCGUACAGGUCUCUUCCACUCAUCGUCGCGUUUCAAGCGCAGUAAACGCGUAAUUUUCACCGUGAACAGAUUAAUACACAUCCUUUCGCGAAUGAAGCCUUUACAGACCAUCGAAAUUAUUAAACUAUCUCAAAGUGGCUACAAAGUUAACAGAUGCUUUAAUUCCACGUGAAAUUUAGGAAGCAACGCUUCUGUGUUUAUUCAAGUAUAACUAUAUUUGUGCAAAAUUGGUUAUCGAAUAAAAUUUAAUAUCGAAUUUUCAGUGUUUUGUGAUGUUUAUGGUCGUCUCCUUUUCACGUUUCUCGAGUACUCGUACAAAUUGAGUCGAGCCUGUAACGCGUUAUUGGAUAGCAAAAUAUCCCGCGUAAUAUCGCGUAGUUUUAUCCUCGUAAGCGGCUCGAGUAAGAUGGAUUUCCUUUCGACACGUUCUAUCGCGUUACGUGUAUAUUCCACGUGCAUUCACGUCGUGUUUCCUCGAAGUUUGACGACUUUGAUAGGCUGCUCAUCUGCAUGGCACAAGCGUUCCGCGAGGACCGUGGAAGACGUUUUCACCUCGUUGCCGGUAAACCGAUCCGCGGAUAAUAAACUUUGCUUUGAGUUUUCGAAACCAAAGUGCUCUUAACAGCCCGCCACAAUUUAUAGAACCGUCGAACAAUAGAAACGAACUCGAUCGUUGUUUUUUGCGCGAACGAAUUAAUCGUUCGAACAAACAAAGUAACUUCGUGGCCCCGGAACUGGACAAAAUAAUUACGGUUUCGAGUCUCUUUUUUCCCGUUUGCCCGAGUUUCUGUUGCGUUUGCACAUUGUGUUCGUACCGGAAACUGUGCUUCUCUAUUUAGACAAUUCACGUUUCGUCGAGGCGAGCCUGAGGGACACCGGCGCAUUUCCGCGAACCCGACCGACGAGACAAAACCGUGUCCGAGUUUCACGGAACUUUUAACCGAAGAAAAAACAACAGAAUUUGUGUCAAGUGCCAGACGCUCGCGGUACGUCUUCCGGCGUAGUGAGUCGUUGUCCGUUCGAGAGAGAAUACACAAAAGCUCCGGAAGGAUUACCGAAAAUUCGCGUAUCGUGUGAAAGUGCGUACGACUCUUUUCUACGGUCGCGCGGUGAAAACACACUUCGAGGCUGCUAAAACAUUGAAAGUUCGAUAAGAGACACUCUCGGGGAGGAAAUUGAUUCCGAAACGUCGAUACAGUGCAGUGAAUACGAGACACCCGUGUACCGUUAUCGGGAUCCUAUAUGCGCGGACGCUUCUGCAAAUCGUUUCUGGGAGUCGUUUAGCAGAGUGUGUCGCGGACCUCGUUUGGUAAAGUUUGCGACGACGGGGUAAAGAUGGCCGAGAAUCCGCUUCGCAGGAAGACCAGAUCGGCGUCGAUCUGCGCUCCUGGAUUCUCCAGCAUGGAGCAAAUGCUGGAAGCGAUGCCUCCCUCGGGUGCCAGGGACAGGGAUAAGUCGGACAGAGAAAAGGACAGUGGCAGUGGUACACCGGAUAGCAGUACGCCGACCAGAAGGCGUAGACCCGCUACCAGGUCCCAGAGUGCUCGUGUUUCCGGCGCGAAUAAGAGCAUUCGACGCCGGGCAGCUGCCCAAGCCGCGCAUCACCACCACCAUCACCACGAAGGCACGGUUAAAUCUGCCCACUGCAGCAGCGAGCCCAGAUUGACUGACAAUGACAUCAGCCCUGGCCUCAGAAGAAGGGGAAGCCGAAGAGGGCAGAGCAUGCACCAUAGUCAUCAUAGGAAGAGUAAUGCAUUUUUAGACGUUCCUGACACCUCGUCGCAGAUGCCGUCGAGGGAGGAGGGCGAGGAUGAAGAUAGUUAUAGACUCAGAAGCUUCAGCCUCACCAGCAAAGGCGUUAUCAAUAGAGGCGAUUCUUUCCGAAGAAGAAGAUCAAGGUCGAAUUCCCUGGCACCUGCGGAUCCAGAAAACGAGGAGAAGAUCGCCGCACCUGCGAAAGAAGUCGCCUCCUACGCGGUCGCGAUGUUGGGCGCCAGGGGCGUCGGGAAAACCGCCCUGAUCAGCCAAUUUAUGACCAGUGAAUGUAUAAAUGCGUACGACAGGCAAAGAGACGUACCCAGCGAGCAGUCUGUUUUCAUCAUGCUGAACGGCGAGGAGAGCGAGCUGAGAUUCCUGAACAUCGCGAACCCGAAGACGGAACUGGAGAAUAUACAUCCGGACGCCUUCAUCGUUAUGUACUCUGUAAUCGACAAGGCGUCCUUCCAAAGGGCUGAGGAGUACCUGGAACGUCUUCACGAUCAGGACCUCCUCCGAGGGAAAUCAGCCAUAUUAGUUGGCAACAAGGUGGACUUGGUUCGGUCCAGGGUGGUCUCUUCUCAAGAUGGGAAGUGCAUGGCGUGCACCUAUCGGGUGAAGUUCAUCGAGAUCUCGGUGGGCAUAAACCACAACGUGGACGAUCUCCUGGUCGGCAUUUUGAAUCAGAUCCGGCUGAAGAUCGUGCAGGGCAGCUCGGAGAACCGGACAGCGAACGGCGGGACGGAGGGUGGCGGGCAUUGGUACAAAUCCAGGGGCGUGGUACGCGCCAGCAUGAAGGCAAGACAAAUGUUGACCUGGCUGUUCGGGAAGGAGGACAGCAAGUUCAAGAACUGCGAGAACCUUCACGUCCUUUAAACGAUGGAUCUCCUCUGCUCGAGGGAUCUCAAAUCACCGAAAUUCUGCAGGGUAUUCCCAAGCUAUCUCAGCCAACCUUCGUCCGGCAUAAUCUACCGUACAUUCGCGAGAAACGCGAAAGAUACGAAAUUGUCAACUUCGUGAAAAAGAAGGAACGUUUUUCGAGUUAUAAACAAAUUAUUUCUGUUCGAACGAAAAUUUAAUUUUUUUUAUUUUUCUGAACAGAGAAAGAUACAAAUGUAUCUUUACUGAUCAAUGUUUAAUAUACAAUUUCCUCGUCGAUGCGAAUCGGUAGAUUAAAUUGGUACAGUUUGGUUGGACAGCGCAGGGAUACCUUGUAUCCUUCGAGAAUUCUUGCGAGGGUGGCCAAGUUUAAGUCGGUAUUUGUUCUCUGAUUCUCGUGACAUCAUCGUGCUUCCUGUCUUUUGUUUUUUCCUCCAACAUGGAACUAGAAUAGAAACCGUAAAACAUGGAAAAUUAAUGUAAAUAUUUGUAAAGAUUUUGCAGUCUCUUCUGAAUUCCUCGAACUUUGUAACAAUAACCUUGAUAGCUUCGAAGAUUUAGAAUUUCUAUUGGGCAAUAUUAACCCCUUACUGUAAGAAUUUAUAAGCAAAAUGUAUCGUUUUUAUUUUUACAAUUGAUAUCUGUUGGGUCGAGGAAAAGAAACUUUGCGUUUUAAAUUAGAACUAAACUUGUUUAUUAAACUUGAUUAAACUGAUUGAACGAUAAAAACUGUACAGAUGCAUAUCUAUAUACCUAAUUUCUUCGAAAUCGGUGUAGCGUUGCUAUUCCAUGAUUUGAAACUGUCGCCUCCAGCGCCACCUCUCGGGGCCCUACGCACAACGACAACAUGGCGACCGAUUCGUAAAUUGAGAAUCGCGAUUUUUAUAAUACGAUACAUAGUUAAUUAUUGCAUUGAAUUGAUAACAACUAUCGUUUUUGUUUAAAUAUAAACGUUUAUUUACUGCAUCUUGAAACUUGAUUCGUACGACGAACGCUGAAAAAUGUAAUAAAUUUGCUUACGUAAGGGGUUAAGCUGUAUAACCUAUUUUGAGAAACGUUCUAAGAAGAACAGAAGAAUUGUUACGAUGGACAAAAUUGGCCACGCCUCGUUGCAAGAAUCGAAGAGAGCGGAAAAUGUGAAAAGUACGAGAAAAAAGUAUGGAAAAACUUGGGGUGCGAUCGAAGUGCCAAUUAAUAAAAACGAAUGCGAGCCCGUUGUUUCUUUCCGAACGAUUAACUUUCGAGUAAUGUUAAGACGCGCGAAUCAUUAUCGAGAAUUUCCUCGAUGACUAACGUAGUACUGAUAAGGAUAAGUUUUGCCAUGAACAUCGUGAAUGUUAAAUGGUUCUGUGUCUAUCAACGUAACAUUUAAGAGGUCCAAGGCGAUGAUACACGAUACGCGAGGCUCGAUUAAUCCUUUGAUCGUUAAGUCUUCAUCGGCUCGUCGAAGGACAAAAUACACGCUCAGUUAUUUUUGAAAAAAAAACAUCCAAUUUCCUAUGGAAUAAUUGGAUCUAUCCGGCUUAAACGUUAUUACCUCGAAGCUUCCAAUUUCGUCCGUCGAUAAAAUUAAGACGGCAUGAUCAAAAAUACGUAAACGUAGUCUUUGUUUUUACGAGAUACCUUAUAUGAAUUCGUAAUAAAGGCACUAUUAACAACAAUUAUAUCAAGUUAUUGAAUUUUAUAUUUAAAAGUAAACGGUGAACUGUAAACGAUACGAAGGAACGAUGGUUCGAACUCGACCACGGUGGACCUUGGUUGUACUUGAUAAAAAUAUUUGUGCGAUUCUUUUUUUGAUGAAAAAAAAUGAUGCAUGCAAAAUUCGGUGCAAAUCGUGCCGCAUAGAAUUUGAAAACUUUUUAUUUUUGUAAUUCGUAUUUUUUCCCGCUUUAAGUCACAGGUUCUAUACAGUUUUGUAUAUUGUUGAACUCGUCUCUUUACGAAAAGAAAUAUACAUUCGCAGUGAAAACAAAAUUGUAACUUUGAAAUGUCAAAAAUUGACUUUGACCAAAUUUUUUUUUUUUAAGAAAAGAUCCUGAUAAAUGGAUGAAUACAAUCAAUUAUUAUCAAAAAACGAGAAAGCAAUAUAUGUAUAUUACAAACAAUUUCCUAAUGUGCACAAAACGUUCCUCAAUGAAAGAUAUCUAACUCGUAUUCGGUAGAAUUUAUUAAAAAGAUAUUUUAACACAAUGAGAAUAAUUUCAUUUUUUACUCUCCUAGAUAUUCCUUCAUUGUUUUCUUUAUAUUACAUAUUCUGCUAUAAAUAGUCUGUUUAAACAGAAGUACCUAAAUUCUAUAUAUGUAUCGCCUCUAUAUGUGAAUAUAUGAACAAAUUCUUUGGACAAAAUCGUACUAUUCGAUAAACUAAACGUAAUCUUACAGAAAAAAUUUGCUUUUUCAAGGUCAGUUUUAAACAUUUCAAAGUCAGAAUUUAUUUUCACUGCAAUUAUACAGGGUGUUUGGCCAACCCUGGGAAAAAUUUUAAUGGGAGAUUCUAGAGCCCAAAAUAAAAAGAAA